AUGCCCCUCGACCGCAAGUCUGUCCUCGCAUCGGCUGUAGUCGCAUUCAUCGCCUGGGCCCUCUUGACCGACUAUCUUCCCGCUCUCCGCUGGAUCCCGCACGCCUUUCUGGCCGGCGCCCUCGCUACGCUUGCUGCACUGCUCUACCUCGUCACCACCUCCUCCAGACCCUCGCGCCGCGAGCCUCGCGACCACGUACGACUCUAUGGCCCGCUUGCGCCCUGCUUUACCGCGCCGGGCGUGUGGGAAGAAGAGAAGGAGGCACUGAAGGGAAGGGAGGAGUACAGGCGACCUACCAUAUUCCCGGAUGCAGUGCUCUUCUCCAAAGCAGUAGAUGGGCUGCUGGAUCUCAUACUCCGCGACUAUGUCACGAGUUGGUACGGACACAUCAGCAAGCGCCCGUUGUUCCAGAACGAGAUUGACCGCAGCAUCCGCGCGGCUCUGCUCUCCAUCACGGCGCGCCUGACGGAGCUGGAUCUCGUGGAGCUGGGAACUUCGACAGCGCUGCCCGUCAUCACGCAGCAUCUGCGGGACUUCUACGAUGCAGAGAGGCUGGUCAGGGGGAAAGACCUCUCCAACAAUGUCACGGAGAGCGAGGAGCUGAACGUGGCAAUUGCAGGCAAAUACAGGAACGGCAGAUUACAUCCUGUUGCAUCUCUGGCACACGCAGACACCACCGCGUCCUCGCAGCGGCAUCUACGGAAGAUUGUGGAGAGGGUCUUGCCAAAGAUUCUUCCAUCGAACAUGCUGUCUAGCCCGGCCGUGACGGCUCUCGUUCGUGAGAUCGUGGCAUGUGCUGUGCUCGCGCCUGUGCUCAACUUGCUCUCAGAUCCCGAUUUUUGGAACCAGAUGAUCGUCCAGAUUGGUGGCGCUACAUUGCAUGAUCGCAAGACGGUGCGCAAGGUGCGCGCGGCGCUCGAUCAGCAUGCCCCUGCGUCGCCCAGGGCGAGCAGGAGUAGUCAAUUCCCUCGUAUCCGGCCUUACGAUAGCGAACGACAGUUUGAGCGCUUUGUGCGGGCAAUCCGGCAUGUCGCCACCAUCACGGACGCCCGGCGCUUUCGCAGCGAGAUCAUGAGCCAGUUGAGACGAGAUGCGCAGAUAGAAGGGCAGGACGCCGCGUACUUGAGGAGACUUGAGACUGGCAGGAGACUUUUGGAUCAAAGAAUUGCGUCCCUCUCAACCCGCCCCAACGGUGCAAACGGACCCGUCCCUGCACUUGCAGUGCAACCGCCAGCGCGGAAUGAAGAAGCCGCUGCACGAAAACGACAAGCAUCUCUACGUGAAGUCGUCUACGAUGCGGCAGGUCUCAGCUACUUCAUGGAGUACAUGGACCGACAGAGACUUACGAAACUUGUGCAGUUCUAUCUUGUUAUAGAUGGCUUUCGCAGUCCGUUGGAGGGGGACAUGGAUGAGCCGCCGCCUUCUGUCGCUACGGAUCCGGACCGCAUGGACAUUGCGCAGAUGUACUCCGAGUACCUAAGCAAGCCGGAGCUCCAAACCCCUGAAGGCAGUCUGCAGCUCGUAAAGCAUUAUCUCAAAGCGGGCUCCAGAGCGAGCAAACAGGAUUACAUUGCUGCUAGACGAGCAGUAUUGCAAACGCAGACCAGGGUAUACAACAUCAUGAAAGACUCUCAUUUUGAAGCCUUCAAGCGUUCAGACUUGUUCUUCAAGUGGCUCGCGAUUGAUGACAAUCCGGCUUUUGCAGCAGCGUCACAGGCUCGAGAAACCUCGCCCCUAUCCCCAGGAAGCCCUCGUAGCAAUGACUCGUCGAUCACUUAUACCCGAAGACCACAACUUGGGUCAAUGCAGAAGGAGCCGGAGCUCAGACGAGCAGUCCUGUCCACCUCGGACCUCAAAGGCACCGCCCGCGCUGCUUCCGGCAAUAGUCUGUUUGCCGACAGUCCUCGCCGCUCACUGGAUGACGGAAACGCAAACGGCCGCCCAGCACUCUUCGACGAUGACGUGGAUGAUGAGAGAAUGGUGCAAUCCGUGUCAAGUCUGAAGAGCUAUGACUCUGACGGCGAAACGGCGCAACAAGCUCAGGAAGAAGCUAAAGCUGUUCGAGAAAUGCAGCUCGCCCUGGACAACAUAGUGGGCGACGAGCACGAUAGGGACUCGCUGUUUGCUGAAUCUGCUGGCCGAAAAUCUCUAGACGAGUACGAGAGGAAGUCUUCGCUUGACAUGCUCACAAGACCGGCGCUUCCAACGCAGCCUUCCGAGCGGGGAAAGCCCAGUAUUGCCUCGCUUGGUCUGGUCGGCGCUCCCUCAAGUAGAGGGGUGUUUGUUGACGAUCUGUUCGGCGAGGAGGCAGAAAAGUUUGCUGAAGACGAGCGCGAAGACUCCGAUGGCCCAGACAACAGUGAGGACGAGAAGGUCCAAGAAGCUGCGCCCGGAGAUCUGGGUCUGACGGAAGCCAUUGAUGGGCUGAACCUUGAGAUCGAGAGGCUCAACGCGCAGAGGAACGUACUGGAUUCUCUAACGGCCAAAGCAGAGUUGACCAACAACACUGCCGAAUUGCGCAUAUUGCGUAAAUCGGAACAAAGUUUGCAGCGUGAGAUCAAACGGAAGGAGAUGCAAAAGCAGCAAUACGUCGUACAGGAGAGCGACAACAGUCUCUACGGACGCGCAGCAAUCAGUAUCAAGUCUGUCAUGGUAGGCAAAGAAGAUGACGGCCACGAGUUCGCUCUGUACGUCAUUGAAGUGAAGAGACAGGCCGGCGAUCAGAUGCCGGCUGCCACUUGGGCGGUGACCCGGAGGUACAGCCAAUUCCACGAGUUGCAUAAGAGGUUGAAGGCACGCUUUCCAGCCGUGAAGGAGCUUGACUUUCCGCGGCGGCAGGCGCUGUUCACCUUGCAAAAGGACUUUUUGCAAAAGCGCAGGACGACUCUCGAGCGGUACCUGAGGUCAUUACUGCUGGUACCUGCCAUUUGCCGCAGCCGUGAACUGCGUGCCUUCUUGUCUCAGUCCGCGAUUGCGUCGAAUGGUAGCAACGGCACACAAGCUGACGCCAAAGACUUUGUGACCAGAAUCUACAAUUCCGUCUCGGACGGCAUGGAAGAAUUCCUGGGCAGUAUACCUGUGCUAGAUCAGCUGUCGGUAGCCGGACAAAACUUGAUCUCUGCUGCUACGUCGCAAAUCAAUGGAGGCUCGCCUGUCGAUAGCUUGGAUCCGGCAACGCAGGACCCGGCUACCGCUGCAGAAGCGGAAGCAGAGCUCAACGCGUACGAUGCAAAGGAGGCCGAGCCAUUCGUCAAACCGAUCUGUGAUCUGUUCUUGGAGACGUUUGAGCUGUCGAAAGGAAACAGUUGGCUUCGGGGACGUACCGUCGUCCUGGUGCUCCAUCAGCUCUUGGGCGGGACGGUCGAACGCAAAGUACGGGAGACGGCACGCAGUGCCAUGCAAGACGAAAACAUGGCACGUUACAUAGAGACGCUCAAAGCCAUCAUGUGGCCGGACGGCAAGAUGCGGCCUCCAUCGGUCCCGCGCACGGAUUUGGAGAAAGAAAGGACCAGGAAAGAAGCCGGCCUUCUCCUUGCGGCUUUGGUACCAGACAUUGCCGGAAGUGUCGUUGGCAAGAGCAAUGCCCAGGCUGCUAGCCGGAAGAUGGUGGCCAUGCUGAACAACCCGCGGCUAAAGUGAGUACAAGAUCGUGUUGGGUGUUACUGUGGCUCUGCUGACGAAAACCUUGCAGUACGCACCUUGUCUACACGCUCAUAGAUGAGAUACUCGGAAUCGUGUUUCCAGAAAUAUUAGAUGACUAA